AAGCGUAACGAACGUGAGGAGGAAUUGCGCCGUUCGUUUGAGCAAGCGAAAAUGGAGAAGCUUGCCAAAUGGCAAGGAGUCAACCUCUAUGUCAAGAACAUCGAUGACGACUGGGAUGACGAGAAGCUCCGCGCCGAGUUUGAGCCUUAUGGCACUAUUACCAGCAGCAAGAUUAUGCGCGAUGACAAGGGUGCCAGCAAAGGCUUUGGAUUCGUGUGUUUCUCUACGCCUGACGAGGCAAGCAAGGCUGUCGCUGAGCUCAAUAACAAGAUGAUCGGCACCAAGCCACUUUAUGUAUCUCUUGCGCAGAGGCGCGACGUUCGUCGUCAGCAACUCGAAAGUCAGAUCAACCAGCGAAAUCAAAUCCGUAUGCAGCAGGCUGCUGCUGCCGGAAUUAACGGCUAUAUCAACGGUCCAAUGUAUUAUGGUGCUCCCGGGUUCCCACCUCAGGUACCACCUAUCGCAGGAUACGGAGGCCAACCCCCUCAAGGCUACGGCAUGAACAGCUAUAACGCCCGCCCGGGUCCUGGUGGUCGUGGUGGUGCAUCCCAGGGAACGCCUGGCGGUACUCGCGGUGGUCCUUCUCAGACUAACGGGACGCCAAGAUCAGGGGCUGGCCGUGGAGUGCCACUUCCAAACGUUUCCGGCACUCGCAAGCCUCCUGUCAUGGAGCCUAGUCAAGCGACGAUCUCCGUUGCACAUAUUGUCAGUGCACCAGCUGAGAAUCAGAAGCAACUGAUCGGAGAAAUUAUCUACAUGAGGGUAUUCGAACAAUAUCCGGACCUCGCUGGCAAGAUUACGGGCAUGCUCCUUGAGAUGGACAAUAACGAGCUCAUCCGCUUGUUGGAAGACACUCCCUCGCUCGAUAGCAAGAUUAAUGAGGCGCUCGCUGUUCUGCACGAGUACGCACCCAAGGAAUAUGACGCGCAGCCAAGUCGCAGCGGCGGCGUCGAUGUCCCUUUUCUGCACGCCACGGCCGUCACAUUCGCUGUCGUUGAUCAUCCGCUUAGUGGCCGAGCCCUAGACUCGUUACAGUACAUAAAGCAACACCAACUUCGACCCGCCCUCCCCUCUUGUAAGUCGCAACUCUUGACCUCCACCAGGAUUCUGAAAAAUAAUCCCAACUAG